AUGUCAUCCAGAGUCCUGCGUAUUCCGAGAUCAGACGAGCCGGAGGCUUUUGUGCUUGUCCACGUCGCAUCCUCUGGCUCGCUGCCCCUGGAUUUGACCGUGAUCGCUACCGAGGGCGAGUCGCCUUACAUCAACACAGUGAAACAAGCCCAUCUGAAAAAUCUCCGCGCCAAGAACUACCAAGGAACGGACGAUGAGUGGUUCCAGAUCGUCUCGCUAGCUCUGGGACAGCGACCGCUUCCGGUCGAUGACUCGGGCUGGUCGUCAGGCGUGGAAACUACGGCUAGCAUUUCGGGAUCCGAGGAUGAGGGCAAGGAGCUGGUCAUCACUAUCCGGAAGAGGGUCCAGACAAUCACACAACGACUGGGCGCCUUGACUCUCACUCAGGACGAUGAGCAAGCCGUUGAGCUGUUUGACUGGUCUGGCAUUGCUGCUGCCAGAGCGGAGGGGCUAGAGCAGCAGGUCGCCGACCUGACUGACCGCUAUCGCCUCGCCGAGGACACCAUCCGCAAGUUGAACCAACAGCUCGAGGACCUGAUGCAUGCAAAGAGCCAACACGAGAACCAGAUGGUUGGCAAUUUUGUCCAGCUUCUCAACGAGAAGAAACUGAAGAUCCGGAACCAGCAGCGUCUGCUGGCAUCAGCAACGGCCGACCCCGCGAAAGUGUCCGAAAUACAAGCUGCUCUCGCUGAUAAGCCCCAGAUUGCUCUGGAAAGGGGUCAUGGAGCGAAGCGAGGCGCCCAAGAUGUUAGCGAAACAGACGAAGAUUCCGACCAGUUCGAGAGAAUGGACGUGGAUCAAAGAAGAGACACCACGGGUAAUCAGGAGACCGACGAUGAUCAACCAUCAACUCCUCAGAUGUUAGAAGAACAGACCGCCACGGACGAUGAGGAGCUUGAUCAGCUCCCAUCCACGGAAAGGGUUCUUUCAGCGGAAGGUGGUCGGUCCACCCAUGCAAAGCGUGGAUCGCUUCCCAAGAAGACGCUACCCCCACGAAGAGAGUUGCCCUUCACAAGUCGGGUCGGAGCGCCGAGGACUACGACGCAGCUGGAGCAAACCAAUGGGGAUACCGAGGAGACUGCCGGAGAGACGGAUGAUGAUGAGCUAUAA